AUGAAAACCGAACAUUUUUCCCUGAAAGUCGACACCACCGGCGCCCCCGAAUUCAUCGACAUCACCGACUGGGUGAAGGGCUGCGUCGGAAAAUCGUGCGUCAGCAACGGGUUUGUGGUGGUGUACUCCCGUCACACCACUGCCGCCGUGAUCAUCAACGAGAACGAACCGUUGUUGAUUGAGGACAUGACGAGGUUUUUGGAGAAGAUUUGUCCUCGCUUCGGCGAAUAUCGGCACAACGAUUUCUCGGUCCGAACGGUCAACAUGACCGAAGAAGAAUCGCCGAAUGGGCACGCUCACCUCCAGCAUCUAAUGUUGGGGUCAAGUGAAACCAUCCCGCUCAUCGACGGGAAGAUACCCUUUGGCCAGUGGCAGAGCAUAUUUUUUAUUGAAUUGGACCACCCGCGUCCGCGAGAGGUGAUGGUCCAGAUCGUUGGAGAGUAG